CAGAAUGAAAUACUGGAAAUCAGUAGUCGACGAGUAGAGAAGAUGAACGGUUGUAUAGACUUUUGUAUUGGGUGAUCGAUAAGAAGUCGUUGUGUAUUUUCUGUCUCAGUUCGAAUAAUUUUCUUUUUUAUUGCCAGUACCUAAUAAUUCAUAUGCGAUAUCCCCGAAUUAAUUGAACACGAUAACCAGACAUGUCUGCAGAAUUCGGAAUUAAAACGCUAAAAUUCCUCAUCUUCCUCUCCUCGCUUCAUCUUCUACAGUUCGUUUCAUCAACCCAAGCGCAAGAAUCCUGUCCAAAUAACUGCGUUUGUUCUUCGCUCCAAAACUCAUUAUCCGAAGCAAAAUGUGACCAGUUUCCACUGCUCGAACAAUUGGACGACUAUUUACAAAUUUUAAAGAUCGAAAGCGCCGAAAUUUGCCCGAUAUCGAAAGAUCUGCAAAGAUUUACUCGACUGACAUCUCUUUCCGUAUCAAAUUGCGCUGUCGACGUGAACGUGAACAGUUUCCAAAACCUGGCUCAAUUACAAAACGUAACUUUUUACAACACGAGUAUCGUCAAUUUAGAUCCAUCAUUGUUCGAAUAUAAUCGAAAUCUCAAAGUUUUGAAUCUAUCUUCGAAUCCUUUGAAAAUAUGGAGAAAUGUGUUGGUCUCAAACAGCAUCGAAGACAUUGAUUUAUCUUAUUGUGACUUGAAAGUGAUCCCUAAAAAUGCAUUUUCACAAAUUUUGAACUUGAAACGAUUGAUUUUGAAAGGAAACGAAUUAAAAUCAAUGAAUAACGUUUUACCUCUUUCGACAACAUUUCUCGAUCUGUCCGAUAAUGAUUUAGAAGCUGUUUCUAUCAAAGCUCUUCGACCUUUGGCAGAUUUAGAACAAAUUGAUAUCUCCGGUAAUCCUCUGAUUUGCUCUUGCAAAUUAAAACUGAUCGAAAAAUAUUUAUCGCUGAAAAACGUUUCUUUCGUUAAACCUGUCGAAUGCAUUGAUAAAGGCAACGAACACGUUUCUCUAGAAAGUAUUUCGCUAAGACAGGUUUGUAAUUUGGGGGAUAAUUUGGAUGAAAACUCCACCCUGGUGAAACUAUUCAAACGAUUACGUAGAUCGGCCAAUGAAGAAUUCGACAGUGUGGAACAAUCGCCUUCAGAGACGUAUGAAAAUGAAGAAAUUCGAUCGAUGGAUGAAACCCCUGAAGGUUCGGCUGAAAUCUUGAACACUUUGGAAAGUAGAAUGCAAAAUGGUGAAGAAGGUGACGAAGAAAUGAUGAGGUUGGAGAUCACCCAAACUCCCAGGAGCAGCACCGCCAGCACAACUCCGGCAAAUGAAGAACCUGCGAUUACUCUCAAAGGAAUUAUUUCCCUUUUAGGGUGCACUAUACUGGUAGUUAUAGUUCUGGUAAUAGGGGUUAUCGCCGCGAUUCUUAUAAAAUUGAUAACAGAUAGCCAAUCAAGCGACGACAGCAUGUCUGCAGCUGUUUGUGCUGCGAAAGCUAUGGAAGAAAUGGGCGCCGACGAUGGAAGCGGUAUUCCGAUGAUGUCGAGGAGAUCUUCCAGAAGAGGUAAUUGUAGAAUUUGCCCUUCUACGAUGAAUACCAGAGCGGGUGGUGGGCCGGUUAGAUACAGCCAUCGUAGAAUCAGUGAAACUGAUACCGAAACUAUAAGAACCGAUGAUAGAUACGAUCCUCCUAGCAAUGCGACAACCGCCUUCAACACUUUUGAUCGAUGUAGCCAAUGCUGAUUUCUUCGGAAUUUUACAAAAUAGGUUGUUGCCAUCACAGGUAGAAUUCUGAAGAAGCCCAGUCAGCGAUUUUAUUGUUUGAGUAGAAUUAUACGUAUUUAUAAAAUUAUCACCAUUUUCACCAUUUAUGAAUUAAUUGAUUACGUUUUAAUUUGUUUCACAAUUUUGUGUACUCGAAUGUAAUUUAAAUGAUUAAAAGUGUACUCAUGUUA